CUGCGCAGUAAUGCAGACACUUCUGGACCCAGCCAACGCUGUAACCAGGCGCUUCCUAUUCCCGAAGCUGUCAUGGCGGCGCUCAGGCCUCACUAAAAUUAGCAUAUCGGAAGUGAGGCGGUUCUUUUGCCGGAAGCAAGCGCGGCGCUGGGAAAGAUGGCGGCGGUGGGCAACGCGGUGCUCUGCGGGGCCCGGCCUGGCGGGGCUCGGGGCGGCGGGCGGCCCCAGCCUGGGCCGCGGCCGCGGGAGCUCCUGGCUGCCGGGCCGGCGCUCAUAGCGAGCGGUGAUGAGCUGGUGGCCGCCGUGUGGCCGUACCGGCGACGGUCGCUGCUGCGGCGCCUCACAGUGCUGCCGUUCGCCGGGCUGCUUUACCCAGCUUGGUUGGGCGCCGCCGCCAGCGGCUGCUGGGGCUGGGGCAGCAGCUGGGCCGAGAUCCCUGAGGCCGCGCUGCUCGUGCUCGCCACCAUCUGCCUCGCGCACGCGCUCACUGUCCUGUCAGGGCAUUGGUCCGUGCACGCGCACUGCGCGCUCACCUGCACCCCGGAGUAUGACCCUGGCAGAGCAACCUUCGUGAAGGUGGUGCCAACCCCCAACAAUGGCUCCACUGAGCUAGUGGCCCUGCAUCGGGACAAGGGUGAAGAUGGACCAGAGGUGCUGUCCUUCGAAUUCCAGAAGAUCAAAUAUUCCUAUGAUGCUCUGGAGAAAAAGCAGUUCAUCCCAGUGGCCUUCCCUGUGGGGAAUGCCUUCUCCUUCUAUCAGAGCAACAGAGGGUUCCAGGAAGACUCGGAGAUCCGAGCUGCAGAGAAGAAGUUUGGGAGCAACAAAGCUGAGAUGGUGGUACCUGACUUCUCUGAGCUUUUCAAGGAGAGAGCCACGGCCCCCUUCUUCGUGUUUCAGGUGUUCUGUGUGGGGCUCUGGUGCCUGGAUGAGUACUGGUACUACAGUGUCUUUACCCUGUCCAUGCUGGUGGCUUUUGAGGCUUCACUGGUACAGCAGCAGAUGCGGAACAUGUCUGAGAUCCGCAAGAUGGGCAACAAGCCCCACAUGAUCCAGGUCUACCGUAGCCGCAAGUGGAGGCCCAUUGCCAGUGAUGAGAUUGUUCCUGGGGACAUUGUGUCCAUUGGCCGUUCCCCCCAGGAUAACCUGGUGCCGUGCGAUGUGCUGUUGCUGCGGGGCCGGUGCAUUGUGGAUGAGGCCAUGCUCACCGGGGAGUCAGUGCCACAGAUGAAGGAGCCCAUUGAGGAUCUGAGCCCAGACCGAGUCCUGGACCUACAAGCCGAUGCUCGGCUGCAUGUCAUCUUUGGGGGCACCAAGGUGGUGCAGCACAUCCCCCCACAGAAGGCCACCACAGGCCUGAAGCCGGUUGACAAUGGAUGUGUGGCCUAUGUCCUUCGGACUGGAUUUAACACAUCCCAGGGCAAGCUGCUGCGCACCAUUCUCUUUGGGGUGAAGAGGGUGACCGCAAACAACCUGGAGACCUUCAUCUUCAUCCUCUUCCUUCUGAUAUUUGCCAUCGCAGCGGCUGCCUAUGUGUGGAUUGAAGGGACCAAGGACCCCAGCCGGAACCGAUACAAGCUCUUUCUGGAGUGUACUCUCAUCCUCACCUCGGUGGUGCCCCCUGAGCUACCCAUUGAGCUGUCUCUGGCUGUCAAUACCUCCCUCAUCGCCCUGGCAAAGCUCUACAUGUAUUGCACAGAGCCCUUCCGGAUCCCCUUUGCCGGCAAAGUCGAGGUGUGCUGCUUUGACAAGACGGGGACUUUAACCAGUGACAGUCUGGUGGUGCGUGGUGUGGCAGGGCUGAGAGAUGGGAAGGAGGUGACCCCCGUAUCCAACAUCCCCAUAGAAACACACCGGGCUUUAGCCUCCUGCCACUCACUCAUGCAGCUGGAUGAUGGCACCCUGGUGGGUGACCCUUUGGAGAAGGCCAUGCUGACAGCUGUGGACUGGACACUAACCAAAGAUGAGAAAGUAUUCCCCCGAAGUAUUAAAACUCAGGGGCUGAAAAUUCACCAGCGCUUUCAUUUUGCCAGUGCCCUAAAGCGAAUGUCCGUGCUCGCCUCCUAUGAGAAGCUUGGCUCCACCGACCUCUGCUACAUCGCAGCCGUGAAGGGGGCCCCUGAAACCCUGCACUCCAUGUUUUCCCAGUGCCCACCUGAUUACCAUCACAUUCACACUGAGAUCUCUCGAGAAGGAGCUCGCGUACUGGCCCUGGGGUACAAGGAACUGGGGCACCUCACACACCAGCAGGCCAGAGAGGUCAAGCGGGAGGCCCUGGAGUGCAGCCUCAAGUUUGUGGGCUUCAUCGUGGUCUCCUGUCCACUCAAGGCCGAUUCCAAGGCUGUGAUCCGAGAGAUCCAGAACGCAUCGCACCGGGUGGUCAUGAUCACAGGGGACAACCCGCUCACCGCCUGCCAUGUGGCCCAGGAGCUGCACUUCAUUGACAAGGCCCACACACUCAUCCUGCAUCCUCCCUUGGAGAAAGGCCAGCUAUGCGAGUGGCGCUCCAUUGAUGGCAGCAUUGUGCUGCCACUGGCCCCAGAUUCCCCCAAGCAUCUGGCCCUGGAGCAUGCACUGUGCCUCACGGGUGAUGGCUUGGCCCACCUGCAGACUGCAGAUCCCCAGCAGCUGCUCCGCCUCAUCCCUCAUGUACAGGUGUUCGCCCGCGUGGCACCCAAGCAAAAGGAGUUUGUCAUCACCAGCCUGAAGGAGCUGGGCUAUGUGACCCUCAUGUGUGGAGAUGGCACCAACGAUGUGGGUGCACUGAAGCACGCCGAUGUGGGUGUAGCACUCCUAGCUAAUGCCCCUGAGCGGGUUGUAGAGCGGCGACGACGGCCAAGGGACAGCCCAGUCCUGAGCAACAGUGGUCCCAGAGUCUCCUCAAGGUCAAGCAAACAGAAGUCAGCACUCCUGCCCGCUGAGGAUCCACCAGCCUCCCAUAGGGACCGCUUGAGCCAGGUGUUGCGGGACCUCGAGGAUGAGAGCACCCCCAUUGUGAAACUGGGGGAUGCCAGCAUUGCAGCACCCUUCACCUCCAAGCUCUCCUCCAUCCAGUGCAUCUGCCACGUGAUCAAGCAGGGCCGCUGCACACUGGUCACCACGCUACAGAUGUUCAAGAUCCUGGCCCUCAACGCUCUAAUCCUGGCCUACAGCCAGAGCGUCCUCUACCUGGAAGGUGUCAAAUUCAGUGACUUUCAGGCCACCCUGCAGGGGCUGCUGCUGGCCGGCUGCUUCCUCUUCAUUUCCCGCUCCAAGCCCCUCAAGACCCUCUCCCGAGAACGGCCCCUGCCCAACAUCUUCAACCUAUACACCAUCCUCACAGUGAUGCUACAGUUCUCUGUGCACUUCCUGAGCCUUGUCUACCUGUACCAAGAAGCCCAGGCCCGGAGCCCUGAGAAGCAGGAGCAGUUUGUAGACCUGUACAAAGAGUUUGAACCAAGCCUGGUCAACAGCACCGUGUACAUCAUGGCCAUGGCUAUGCAGAUGGCCACCUUCGCCAUCAACUACAAGGGCCCACCCUUCAUGGAGAGCCUCCCUGAGAACAAGCCACUGGUGUGGAGUCUGGCAGUGUCCCUUCUGGCCAUCAUUGGCCUGCUCCUUGGCUCCUCACCUGACUUCAACAGCCAGUUUGGCCUUGUGGACAUUCCUGUGGAGUUCAAGCUGGUCAUCGGCCAGGUUCUGGCCUUGGACUUCUGCCUGGCACUCCUGGCUGACCGAAUCCUACAGUUCUUCUUGGGAACCCCGAAGCUGAAAGUGCCUUCCUGAGACGAUGGUGCUGGUACCCACCACUCAUCCUGGCUGCCGUUGGCUGGGAGCCGUCGGUGUUCCCCCAGGAGGGAACACUGCCCCAUCCCCACAGUGAGGCAGCAACCCUGCCUCACUCUUGGAAGACUGAGCUGGGACCCUUGGGGGCAUCUGCUGGUCUGGCUACCGGAACCAGCCCCGGGCCAGCACCUUUGGUAAAUAAAUCAGCAUCUGUGAUUUUA